AUGGAGAAGCUCGGGGGGCGGGUUCUCGCGGGGACUUUAACCAACCGGUGUCGUCGGACACUCUGAGGAAAACUGAAGGCAAUCUUAAGGUCAUUUGCGAAAACUCUCGCCCAAUGGGGGCGCUCGGGGGGCGGGGCCAGGAGGCGCCUCAGCCAACCGCCGUCGCGGGCUCCUUCUGAGGCGCUUUCUUCCAUCAUGGCGGCAGCGGCGGGAGGAGGAGGAGGAGGGAAGCGGUGCCGGCGCUUGGACCCGUCCCUGGCGCCUUCGGUGCUCUCGGGGGCGGAGGCGGUGCUCUUCGACUGCGACGGGGUGCUGUGGCGGGGCGACACCGCCAUCCCCGGAGCCGCGGAGACGCUGCGCCGCUUGGAGGGGGAGAGCAACAACAAGAAGCGGCGCCUGCUCUGCUACGUGACUAACAACUCCUCCCGGACGCGCGAGGCCUACACGGAGAAGCUGCGGCGGCUGGGCUUCCCUCGGGCGGAGGCCCGGCAGGUCUUCGGCUCCGGCUUCUGCGCCGCCCGCUUCCUCCGCGCGGCCCUGCCUCCCGGGGGAGCCUCCUCCGCGUACGUGCUGGGCGGGCCCGCCUUGGGGGCCGAGCUGGAGGCCGCCGGCGUGCCCCAUUUGGGAGCCGGGCCCACGCCGGAGCCGCUGUCCUCGCCCUCCGAGUCCCCCGCGGUGCUCUUCGGGACCCGCGCCGCGCUGGACCCCUCCGUGGGCGCCGUCCUGGUCGGCUACGACGAGCACUUCUCCUACGGGAAGCUCUGCCUGGCCCUGCGCUACCUCCGCCGCGACCCGCAGUGCCUCCUGGUCGGCACCAACCGCGACCACCGGCUCCCCCUCGAAGGAGGCAGCGCCCUGCCCGGCACUGGCUGCCUUGUCAAAGCAGUGGAGACAGCAGCGGAGCGGGAGGCCUUCAUCGUGGGCAAACCCAGCCGCUACAUCUUUGAGUGCGUGGUGAAAGAGUUCAACAUCAACCCAACUCGCACUAUCAUGGUGGGCGAUCGCCUGGACACAGACAUCCUCAUGGGUAACAACUGCGGCCUGACGACUCUGCUGACCCUCACGGGGGUCAGCACACUGGAAGAAGUCCAGGGCCACUUAGAAAGUGACUGCCCUGAGCGCAGAAGCCUAGUCCCUGAUUACUAUGUUGAUAGCAUAGCUGACCUUCUUCCUGCCCUCCAGGAUUAGAAAAGGGAGGUUUCCCAGCUUUUGAAAGGUCUUUCCCCCUCCACCCUUGAGGCUGGUUGUGUCACCUCAGUUUGCACAGAGCUGCUCCUUGCACCUUAAGAUGCUUCUUGUGCAUACAUUUUAAUUGGGAUUAUCUGUUUACAAAUUCCUUGUAAGAAUGCACUUUGAAUCAAAAAGGGAAGUGUGUUGUGUCAGUCAGUUUUCAGGUGUUGUGAAAGAAUCCAGUAUGUCUUAAAGGUUUUUGCAGUGCUCCAGUGUCAGGGAAGAGUCUUGCCCCACUAAUUUGAAGAGUGUUGGGUAGGCUACUGUUAAACAUUGCACUGUGGUUUCUUUCUUUUUAGUCUUGGGAAAUUCAGGGAAACGAAUAGUUUGAGGGCACUUGUCCUUGCCUGAUCCUUACAGCUUAACUUUAAGCUUGGUUUUAAUGCUUAUUCAGGUCGCAGCUCUCGAUGACCUGAUCCUGAGGUGAUGUCAGGAAAAAGGAAACCCUUUAUUUGUCAGGUGGUCUUGUUGUCGCCCUCUCCUCACUCUGCCAUUUGCACUUGCGUAAUAUGCAAAAUGUGGAUGAUUCUAAUGUGUUUUGUGUAUGCCCCUGUGAAAAUGGGUAAAUAUAUGUAGUGACAGAAAGAGCUUCAGAUGUCUAUUUUAAAAGCGAGAUGUCUAUUUUAAAAGUGAAUAUAAUAUAUUGAAAAUGUAGUUGUAUUAGUCAAAAGGGAUAUAACUGAUUAUUUCUAAUAUAUCUUCCUCACAUUCUUUUGCACAUACCAAAGUAUCAUUAGAACAAUCUGCAGGGCUUAACACCCUUUUAGGGAAGAAUAUCUGAAGUUUACUUGAUGAUUUCUAAACCGUAGUUGUGUCUGAAUUAUUUGCUAAAUGGUGAAACAAAAGCCCUCACCCUUCCCUCCAUGCUUCACUGAUGCUGGUAUAUCGUGGCUGAAAGAGUAGAUGACUUUAUAUAAGGGGCACCUUCAGGGAGAGUCCUCUAGUGUAAACAGGUGCUCAAAAGCCAUAUUGGAGUCAGUACUCAUGAAGCAGCAACAGUAUCAAGUCCAGGGUUUCCUGCUAAUGUAUUAUUUCUGUGUUGGUGGAAGACACAAGAAAAAUUCCUUGUAUAUCUCUUCUGGUAAAAAUUGACAUUUGCUAUUCUGCUUUGUAGGUUUUCAAUUAAUAUGAUGAACUGCAUUUUUUCAGGUGCCCAGCUGCACUAAAUACCAGUCUUCAGUUUUGCUCUGGUUGCUCUGGGUGUCAAUGCCAAAUACCUUAGCACUGUAGAUGUAAGGUUUCAAAGCAGAAAAUGUCAUGCUUAGCAACCAAGAGAAGACACUUAGCAGUACUUUGUUUUGUAGGACUAGCCCAGAUCACUUUGACCUUGUGAGCAGGUGGCACUUCCUGUACUGAAGACACUUGAAACAUGUUUGAGCUUGCUACUGUUUCAUAAAGCAAUAAUUGUAUGGUAUUGGCAUCUGCUAGGAGGUACUAAAGAUGCAUAGUGAUUCCACUCUGUCCUUGUAAUUUCUCUCCCAACUUCUUUUUUUUUUUUUUUAGUUUACCAAACUUGUUUGUAACCCUAAAUGCUGUUCUCUGCUUUCAGUAAUGGAAACUGUUUAUUUCUGUUGUGGACCUUUUCCUGUGCAAUUCUGGGAGUAUCAAGGAAUGUGUCAUUGAUUAUGAAUGUUUUGACCCUCUCAGUGACUCAGGCCUGCUUGCACACAGCGGAAUUGUCAUCUCUCUAAUGUUCUGUGCCCUUGUUGUGAAACUGUAUUAUGGUGAAUGACCACACAGUCACUGUUAUGGCAUUAAGGAACGCCAGUCUUAUACUUCAGUCAUAUUAAACAGAAGUGUCACUGGU